UGGCGUCCUUAAGCACCUCGAAUUCCACUGGCAUGACCCUUCCGUAAGGCAGUCGCAUGUCUACGUAUAGUCGGCCGAUGGCCGAUACCUACCCUUUUGAUGGUAAGGAAAUCUGGUCUCGAUGCUGCGGGUCGAUGCGGAUCUUGAGUCCCUGAGCGACAGCCCAUGACUGGUUGAGCACAUUGCAGUUCAAACCUGUGUCUAGGAGGGCUUGGAAUGGGACGUCAUUGUUGAAUGAUGGGUUGGGGAGGGGCUUCCAUUCGGCUCAUUGGAAAGGUACAUCAUGGGCCAUGACACCCUCAGGCGGAGAAGAAGAGAUUUACGAAGCGGGAGAAACAAUCUUUGAGUGUUUUCGUGGUAUCCAGAAAUGAGCGUGAGGAGCAGGUCGAAGGGAAGCGCUUCACGACCAUCGCGAUCACUUCCGUUGCAGGAAGAUGGGAAAUCCUCACCGUCCGCGAUGCGUGCGAGAAUCAUUCAAGGCCCAGAGGAUCUUGUAGCCGUGGCACCAACUCCCGAUGACGACCGCCUCAGCAGACUACUCAGGGCCACCUGCGGCCGGUGUCUCCAGGUAUACUCUACGCCCCCUUGCAACCAGUUUGCCAACAACACCGUAUGGGAACGCAAGCGAAAACCAUCCCAGCUCCACUCAGACAUCUACGACUUCCCCGCGCGGCGCGUCCAGAUCCUGAACUAUAGCGUGAGCGCAGUGUUCUGUGCUGUGUUGCUUGUAGGCGCAAUGGCGUGUUUGAGAGCAAUUAGUGAGAGAUCGAGGGGCCUCGGGGUUGGCAUGGUUGCGUUGUCUGCCUUCUUGUUUGCGGCGUUUGUAGCGUUGUUUACCGAUGCAAGACGUAGUGAGGUCUUCGUGGGGUCGGCGGCGUACGCGGAGGCGUUGGUAGUAUAUGUGAGCGCUGGGGUUAGAGGAACGAAGCAGACACAGGAAGGGACGCAGAGUGGUGGAGUCACGUAGAUGUACCUGUUCUUCCACAACCCAUGGAACACUCGAUCUAGCCUGGGGUGUUGGAUUCUCAGGAGGCCGGAUGGCGCUCUUGAUGGCGUCCAUGGGCCAUCUUGCCUGGCUGUUCCGUCGGAAGUGGAAAAAGGAGCAUGAGCAAAAUAGGAAUCGGUUGAAGAACUCAAAGGCAUAUCAGAGUGACGGUGAGCACGCUAUCUUGAGGAUAUGGGAUGAGUGAAGACGGGAAGCAUCAUGGACUGUCGGAUGUGGCAGUAAGAAAUAAAUACGGGGAAGUCGAGGAACUGUAGAAGCUAACGAAGCGGACGAUAAAA